AUGCAGGAGGCGGGAAAAUGCAGGCGGCGGGAUCGAUACGUCUGUCUUUUCAUAUCUAUCUAUCUAUUUAUCUAUUUAUCUAUCUAUCUAUCUAUCUAUCUAUCUAUCUAUUUUUUUUUUCAUAUCUACAGGAGUCACUUACACAUGCACCAUACUAAAUCUAUCAAAUUGUCUAAGCAUAUCUAUCUAUCUAUCUAUCUAUCUAUCUAUCUAUCUAUCUAUCUAUCUAUCUAUCUAUCUCAAUGUGUUCAUAUCUAUCCAUCUAUCUAUCUAUCUAUCAUUGUCUUUUCAUUAUCUAUCAACGUAUCUUCUUAUCUAUCUAUCGCGGUCAGUAUCUAUCUAUCUAUCUAUCUAUCUAUCUAUCUAUCUAUCUAUCUAUCUAUCUAUCUAUCUAUCUAUCUUUGCUUAUAUCAGUCUAUGUAUUUAUCUCAAUCUAUCUAUCUAUCUUUAACUGUAUUUUCAUUAUCAAUCUACUUCUUAUCUAUCGCGGUCAGUAUCUAUCUAUCUAUCUAUCUAUCUUGUUUAUAUCUGUCUGUGUAUUUAUCUCAAUCGGUACAUAUCUAUCUAUCUAUCUAUCUAUCUAUCUAUCUAUCUAUCUAUCUAUCUGUCAUUAUAUUCAUGUCAAUCUAUCUAUCUAUCUCAUUAUGUUCAUGCCAAUCUAUCUAUCUAUCUAUCUAUCUAUCUAUCUAUCUAUCUAUCUAUCUAUCUCAAUGUGUUCAUAUCUAUCCAUCUAUCUAUCUAUCUAUCUAUCUAUCUAUCUAUCUAUCAUUGUCUUUUCAUUAUCUAUCAACGUAUCUUCUUAUCUAUCUAUCGCGGUCAGUAUCUAUCUAUCUAUCUAUCUAUCUAUCUAUCUAUCUAUCUAUCUAUCUUUGCUUAUAUCAGUCUAUGUAUUUAUCUCAAUCUAUCUAUCUAUCUUUAACUGUAUUUUCAUUAUCAAUCUACUUCUUAUCUAUCGCGGUCAGUAUCUAUCUAUCUAUCUAUCUAUCUUGUUUAUAUCUGUCUGUGUAUUUAUCUCAAUCGGUACAUAUCUAUCUAUCUAUCUAUCUAUCUAUCUAUCUAUCUAUCUAUGUCAGUCUCUUCAUGUCUAUCUAUCUAUCUAUCUAUCACUGUCUUUUCAUUAUCUACUUGUAUCUUAUCUAUCACGGUCAGUAUCUAUCUAUCUAUCUAUCUAUCUAUCUAUCUAUCUAUCUAUCUAUCUAUCACUGUUUUUCAUUAUCUAUCUAUCUAUCUAUCUAUCUAUCUAUCUAUCUAUCUACUUGUAACUUCAUACCUAUCUAUGUCAGUCAUUUCAUAUCUAUCUAUCUAUCUAUCUAUCUAUCUAUCUAUCUCUUUUUUGAUCUAUUAUUUGAUAUAUACUUUUAUACCUUGCAAUGUCUGUCCGUCCGUUUGCACCUAAGUUUCCACUUCUUUGUGUUUACAUCAACAUGCCUAUUCGCUACACUGUUUUUUCUUCCCAGCAAGAAAAAUCUAAUUAUAUAA